AACAAUAUACGAGUGCGGGUGCGUAUAUCAUAGCGAUACCAAGCAGCUGGAGUCUCGUCCGCGCGAAAAUCUCUUCUUUUCUCUAUCCUCUUUUUUUUUUUUAAUUUUUUUUUAUUCUUAUAAAUAAUAUCGAUCUGCCCAGAAAACAUGAGGACACAUUCGGUGCGAUUAUUGGGCGUCACGCUGAUGCUGAUGUUCGCCAGCCAGUUGGUGAGCUGUAAACCCGUGGCCGAGGAAACGCCGGUCCCAACGGUCGUGGCACUGGACGCGGGCUUGCAGGACGCUUCGCUGAAGGAUCUGGCCGGGUCGCCGCAAGUAGCAGAAGAUCCACAGGCGCGUACCGGAGGAAGGUUUCAAAAUGGAAUGGCAUGGUUUGAUGAAAUGGCAGACUCGAUAAGGUUCGGCAGAGGGCGAUUAGUUAAUUCUGUCGCGAUAGCACGAAACAUCUUAGCCGACCGAAUGGAGUUACAGGAAUUCAUGAGCGAGACGCGCAACAACAUCGCCGGGGCCGUCGGCGCGGCCAACGACGCCCUGGCCCGUGGCCGACGAAUGCUCCAGUCGUACGAGAGGCUGCCGUUCGCCAACGCCCUGCCCCCGAGGACCCGCGAGACAGUCAGGCUGGAGAACGAGAAAGACCAGGCGAUACUCGAGCGACGCAAGAGCGACAUCGGCGGUCUGCUCGACAACGUCCUCAAGCCCAAGCCGAUCAUCGACAAUAUCCAGGAGGAGGAGAAGUACGGCAACAACGGCGACAGGUUCAUUGGCGUGGGCCGAGCGCUAGUCACCGGUGUCGAGGGAUUGACCAACAUCUUCAAUGCCGUGCUCGAAUUUCCCGUUAAAGCCGCCAAAAAUACAUCGAGGACCAUAACCGAGGCGCUCAAUCAAAUUGGAUCAAGACUGGUUGGUUUGCAGUGAUAUAGCUAAUGACA